GAAGUGGCCGAGCUGCGACGUCAGGUGGCACUCGAGAAUUUGCAAAACCAAAGAAUGGAUAAUCUGGAGCAGGAUGUACCUGUGGAAUUUGAAUGCUGUUUUUGCACAACGAAGGAUUUCAAGGAGUUCACCGAUGCCGAAGGUGUAAUUUCGCUUCCAACGUCGGACUUCCACAAGCCCGUUUGCCUGGAGAUGCGUAUGGCCGCCAAUCAGGCGAAUCGACAUCUGCGAGCCAAUCAAUACGGUUUGCUGGCCCCACCUACGCACAUGUCCGGUCAAUUGCAGCCCACGUCACAGCCACAGCUGGCCGGCGCAAUUGCAGUUACGACUGGCGACACGCAUGCCGAAGUCAUCUUCUCGAUUGGCGGUGGUGGUGGUGGCGGCGUUCUGCGUACACCACACCAUCUGCCCCACCACACUGCCACUGGCCUUGCGCCAAUUGCAUCGCAAUCAUCAUCCACCUCGUCGUCGUAUGGCACCACUACGUCCACAACAAUUGCGCUGCCACUGGACACACCAUUUCGUUACCCACCUUUCAUCACCAGUUAUAGUAAUAAUAAUUUCAAUUAUAACUAUAAUAAUAACUUCAAUACAACAUCGGUGGGUGCGUGUCCGGGUCUAUCAAUGGCCACCGGUAAUGUUGCGCUGACAUUGGGUAGCAAUUUGAAUAACAAUUUCAAUGUCAAUAUAAACAAUAAUAACAAUGCCGAUUUGGCGAGCGUCGAUAGUUCGGACACGUAUGCCAGCUGCCAAACACAUCCAUUUCAUUCACAAGGUGAUCUCACUGCCGAUUUGGUCGACGAAGCGUGCGCGCUAGACAUUGACAUGGAUAAUUUGUAUAUAAAUCCAUUGGAGAAGGAGGCAACAACCUCGACUAGUGGGCCUGGUACAACUGGCUACAUCGUUGGACUGCCACCGACCGGUGCUACCGGUUUCACAGCGUUAGGGCUGGCGCGUUCGCAGGUGAAGAAGAGCGCAUCUGGCGAUACGGCACUGCGUAAUUUGGCCGCUGGUCUGAGUCCCAUGGAUGAGAUAUAUCAAAAUUUCGAAGUGCAAGAGCGCGGUAGUCGUGUCAGUCUCAAUGAAAAUCCAGUGCCAAAACAUCGUAAGACGCGUUUCCAAAGCUUCACUUCGAUGCCAAGUGGCGCCGGCGCAACGAAUAAGCCGCGUGCGCGUUUCGAAGAGGUCAAGAUCAUACAGGACGGUGUGAGCGGUAGCCACGAGAGUAGUCCAGCCAGCAGCGGGAGCAAAAAGAAACGUUCCUCUUUUAUGCCCGGUAAAAGUUUAGCCACUGCCACCAAGCUGAUCAAUCAGCAUCUGUUCGGUAUACAGAAUGUUGGACAAAAAGCGAAAUUCGAAAGUAAACAUUCCUCCUCGAUAGAUUCUAUCGAUGCCUCACCAAAUCUCGAACAACAUCGUCGCUCCAAAUCGAUACUCAAAAACAAGUCGGAUAUUUCACGCGUACUUGCCGACCCGGAGAGUGAGCGUCUACUUGCCGACAAUAUGUCGGGUUCGGGUGUUUCCGACAAUGGCACCGUCAUGUUUUGCUUACAGGGCGAAUCUGGCAGCGAUUACUCACCGAAUAAAUUACCUCACUCAAUUUUAGCCAAGUCUAUUUCCCCACCACCAUUACGUCAUCGCAUGUUGAUACAGCAACGCUCCGGUCCGGCCUCUCUUGUGUCACGUCCAACUAAAUUUCAAACACCACGCUAUCCCGAGGAGCAAGCUCUACGUCAAGUCAAACCGAUGUUGGCCCGUUCUUCGGCCACAUCGCAUAUGUCCGGCGAUAGUCGAUACGAUUCGACAAAUAGAGAUAGCAGUUUAGACUCGGAGACCACUUUCACAUCCAAUGUGAAUAUACGCAGCGAUACCGGUGAUGGCGGUGCGACAGUAAGCAACGGCGAAGCAGGCGGUUCCAGCGAUGAAAAUCGUUCGCUACUACAACGUGGCAACUCCGACGAGCAAAAUGAGCGAGAUGACGGUGCUGGCGAUGAUGCUGGCGCCACGUAGCAAUUACUGAAAAAGCCAAAGAGCGAAUAAUAACGCCUACUUUCCGCUCCCUCCGACAGUGACAGUGAUAGUGAAUAAAACGCUUAGUAGCCAGCGAUUAAGCAUGCAAAACAAAAACAAAAUACAACAAAGUUAAACUUAUAUUACAUUUUAUAUUAUAAUUAAAAAUUCAUAUACAUACAUACAUAUAUAUAUAAACAUACAAACAUUUACUUAUACAUACAUACAUACAUAUGUAGAUAUGUAUGUUAAGAGUAAUGUUUGGAACGGCAUGUGAAAUGAAAAGCAAUGAACUCUAACUAACAUUUAAGUGGAGUUAAAGUUAUUUAAAUCGUACAUACACACUUACAUACAUUAAACUAAAAAGAUGCACCUACAAAGUGGCACAAUGCUGUACAUAAAAAUGCAAAAGUCAAAAUCCAAAAUAUAUAUUGUAUUAACUAAUAGUAGCAGCAUUCAGUGAGUGAGCUUCGAAGCUGUUGAAUAUUUAAUGCAUUAAUAUUUCAAUUUAUUUUACAUGCAUACAUACAAACAUUUAGCGCAUGCAUAAAAUUCCCUUGGUCGACUCACAAAAAGGAUUAAAAUUCAAAAAAUAAAAUUUUCAAAUAUAUAACUCCAUUUUUAUACAAUAAC